AUGGCGAAAUCCGACCAUCUCCGCCUCCUCAUCGCCGCCGCGGCCGUGGCCUUACUCUCCAUCGCCUCCGCCGCCGCCUCCGGAGAAGAAUUCCGCUGGAUCCUGGCGGAAAAUCCGGCGAUCUGCCGUGGAUCGAUUGGAGAGUGCAUGGCGGACGUCGCCGGCGAGUUCGAGAUGGAUUCCGAGAUCAGCCGGCGCGUCCUGGCCACGAGACGGACCUACAUAAGCUACGGCGCGUUGGUACCGAACCAAACCCCCUGCUCGCGGCGGGGAUCGUCGUACUACAACUGCCGGGCGGGCGCCCAAGCGAACGCCUAUCGGCGAUCGUGUUCCACCAUCACCAGGUGCCGGAGAUAA